AUGGCUAUUCAACAAGGUAUUAUUAAAUUCGUUACUACUACAGACUAUUUCCACUUAUUCAUCUUCUUCACCAUUAUCUAUGUCCUUAACUUUUAUUACAAAUACUUUACUCGUCCCAAUCCACUUCCUGGCCCAUUACCUUUACCAAUCAUUGGUAACUAUCAUAAUCUUGGCAGUGACGUAAGACAAUUCUAUAUACAAUGUCAACCAAAAUAUGGAGGUAUUAGUGAAGCGAUGCUUGGUCAUAGAUACAUCGUUCUUUCUCAUCCAAAUUAUAUUGAUAAAGUUCUUGAUCGUAAAGUAUUUCAUGCGAAGCUUCCAUAUUCUCAAGGUUUGGAUGAAAUGGGAAUGUACGGACAUGGAAUCGUUUUCAAUGAUGAUUAUGAAAGUUGGAGAUCUAAUAGUAAAUUCUUUACGGAUGCAUUUUUGCCACAAAGAUAUAUGGAUAAUGUUGUAAAGUCUACAAUUAAAUUGUAUGAAGAAUUAAGUGGUUAUUGGCAGUCACUUGGAAAUCAAAAUACUUCAAAUUAUGGUAACGAUAAUUGGACAUACGAAACAGAUUUGGCUAAAUGGUUUCACAGAUAUACAAAUGAUAUUAUUUCAAUAGUAAUCACUGGAGAACGCACGUAUUCAAUUGCAUCCUAUUAUAACACGCAAAGUCGUAUCAAAUCUGAAUAUUCUGAUGCACUAGUCGAGGAUGGGGACAAAUUCGUCAAAUCAAUUAUACAGUAUAUUGAAUGUAUCACAUUCUUUUCAUUUUUCGGUCCCUUUAUAAGGCAUUACAUUCCAAUGGUCAAAGACAAAAACGAGUCUUAUUUAAAGAAUCUAGAUUCAGAAAUGAGAGUUGAUAUGCUUACUUCUUUAAUCACUGCAAACACAAAUGCAAAAGAUUCAAAUGACGAGGCAUUAAAAUUAAUAGCUGAUGAAGAGAUCAGAGGUAAUAUAUUAGAUGCUUUCUUGGGUGGAACAGAUACUACUGCAAAUUUAUUCUGCUUUAUAACCUACUUUAUUUGUAAAAAUCCAGAUGUAAAGCAAAAAAUGCUUUCAGAAAUUGAUCUUAUUUUGCCUAAAACUUCUGAUAUAUCGAACAACGACCUCCAAAAACUAAAAUAUUGUGAAGCCAUAAUUAAGGAAGCUUAUCGUAUGGUGCCAGUAGCUCCUUUUGCAUUCCGCACUAUUACUGAAGACUGUGAAAUUGCAGGGUAUAAAUGGACUCGUGGGACAAAUUUUCUUAUAAACUAUCUAGCGAUACAUGGUCACCCAGAAUUUUGGCCUGAUCCAGAAGUUUUCAAUCCGGAUAGGUUUUAUAAUAAGGAUCAAGAUGACAAAAGCUUAGGCGACAAAUUUGCUUUUAUGAUGUUUGGUGGAGGCAGGCGAAUAUGUCCUGGAAGAAAGUUGGCAAUGACAGAGUUACUUUUAUCCAUGGUUUUAGUAUUUAAAAACUAUAAUAUUGAAUUGGUGGAUAUGAAUGAACCAUUAAAAAUUCUUACUCUCGCCACUACGAACUGUCAGGAGCUGAAAGUUAAAAUUAGUCCUCGAGCUUGA